ACAGCAUAAAUGUCAAACAAAACUAUCAAAUGGUCGAACGCCAUUUUUAACGGUUUUGUUUGUGGUUUUUUUACCUUGUUAUUCAACAAAAUGCAUACAGCAGUGCAUUUACUUUGGUUUUAGUUUUUACAACUAAUAAAGUACUCUUUGAAUUCGUGAGAGAAAAUUGAACGUGGCCAUGGGACUUUUACACUGUUAUUUGUUCGGUACAAGGGUGUACCAACAAUAAAAGGCCCAUAUUUGGUUUCCCACAUCCCAUCAGUAGAUACAAGCCGUCAAGAACCCUGGAUAAUGUAGUUUGGAUUGCCAGUUGGCUAUCCAAGGUGCCGGAGGACAACAGCAGCAAUUUGUUGCAAAAUGGGUGAUUAAUUUUGCUAAGAGAACUGGAUUUUCAACCUUUUGCUCAACGUGUGGACAGAUUUAACAUUUGAAAAAUAAAUGUUCCACCAGAUGUAACGACACCGGUAAUCACUUAUAAUUUAGGGAGUAACAGUAGUAUUGAGACCUUAGAGCCAAUUAUUUGAGUAUUUUUGAAAGAAAUUCACGAAAUUGUGUUUCUGAAUGACCUAAAAAACACUUUAAAACAAUCGAAACUGAUAGAAUUACUUCAUUAUUGAAGUAAUUUGGUGCAUUUCUUAUGGAAUUUGGCAAAACAGUUGAAAGGUUGAAAAAGGCACCUGACAUCAUAACUUAAUUUUCGACUCAAUUUUGUUUUCCUUAAGGCCUUAAAACUAAUAUUCUUUGCUCGUGUUUUAUUUAAAAUUUUGUAAUUGCAGCAAAUUUUCUCGGAAAAUAAUAGGAGUAUUUCUUAACCGUACAACAGUAAGCCUCAGUCAGUUAUAACAACAUAACAAUCCUCCAAUAAGUCGAGGCUUUCACGUCGGUGUUUCAAUUAAACUAAACAGCGUCGAAUGACCGAAGACCGCUUUGCAAGAGCUAAAACCGGCAAGUUGCCAUCAGAUGUGAAAAAUAAUAACCUGUGUGUAAAUUUGCAUUACAGAACAAUAAUUUUAUGAUGUUUUAGUAAUUUGUUACUAAAAACUGUUGUUGCAAAUAUUUGCAAAGAUUACGAAAAAUUAUAAUAUUUGAUGACUAAGUAAAGGCUGGAGUCAUUUAAAUUUACCGCCAUUACGCUCGCGACCACCUACUAAUGGCGCGACUUUAUCAACCACCACCAACAAGGAAAGAGUCAAUUCUAUCUAUCUCUUAUUCUAUGUUUUUAUGUCUUUAACGUUUCACUGCGUUAGUAAGUAAAAGUUUCACAGUUUUUAAGAAAUAUGUGCGACAUAAAGUGCCGGCUGUCUCAAAUGGCCGAUUUCAACGAAAAAAUGUUUGAGGGCAAGCCGUGGGCCGAAAAACUAUUAUCUGAAUCGAUAAAAUUGACAAAAAAGGCAGUGGCGAACUGGUGCCACAUCGUGUGUAAAAUCGGCGAAGCCGAGGUAGACCUGGACGACUAUGUGACAAUUUUCCUCCAACAAAUCGAAACCCUUUACGAAGACCUGAUCGCCGAUAAAAUAAUGAAACUGUUAAAGAAACUCGAAAAUCUCUGUCGCGACCUCCACGUCCCAAUGCCCACUUUCAACUACGAAGGGGUUCCUCCGAGUGAGGUGCGCCUCCAAAUCUUCCAAAAGGUGGACGAAUUCGAGGCUUUGGCCCAGAUUCGCCGACGGGAGUUUAGCGAUUUGCAGGAGAAAGAGCUCGAACUGUGUGCCAGACUGGGACGGGCCCCCCGACUGGUCCCCGGGGUCCCACUCUCGUUGCCCCCCGAGCUGGAGGAGUUGGAGGCCUAUGUCGAGUACCUGGAGACGGAGGCGAUGGAACGGGAGGAGGUUUUCUUCCAACUGAAGGAAAAAAUCGUCGAGAUUGUCUCGGAACUAGAGAUGUGCCCUAAUCUAGAGUUCGAGAAGGAUAUUUUGAAUUUGUCCAAUACCCAGGUGCGCAUAACCGACGCAGAAAUGGAGCAGUUGCGGCAGUUCCACGACCAGUUGGUCAAGCGCCUCGCUGACGUGACCGAGGAGGUUGAAGAGUUGAGGAGCAGGAUCGACGAUUUGUGGAAAAAAUUGGAGGUUGAUUUGGUGGAGCGUGAUGAUUUCCGGGCGAGACACGUGGGGCACUCGUUGAAGACGCUGGAGGCGCUUAAAGAUGAGUUGAAUAGGUUGAAGGCGAUGAAAAAGGCCAAGCUUCCGAGUUUCAUUUUAAAGCAACGAGAUGAGCUCGAAGAAUGGUGGGAAAAGUGUCACUGUACACAAACACAACGCGAUGAUUUUACGUUUUACUACUCUGAUUGUUUUACCGAAGAUUUGUUCGAUAUACAUGAGCGUGAAAUCCAGAAAUGGAAGAAUUAUUACGAUGGGAACUCUAAAAUCUUUGCACUUCUCAAGGAGUUUAAGACGUUGUGGACGGAACAUAUCGAGCUAGAGUCGAACUCUAAAGGUGUUAAUCGGUACAAGAACCGCGGAGGGCAAUUGUUGAUUGAGGAAAGGAAUCGUAAUAAGCUCAAAAAACGACUUCUAGUAGUUGAGGAUAAGCUCCGAAGUUUGGCUCAAGCGUAUUUGGUCCGAAAUGGGCAAGAAUUCGAGACGUUUGGGCAAACAAUCGACGACUACAUUCAACAACUGCACGAAAAUAAAGAACGGAAACUGAGUGCCAAGAAACAACAGCGUGAGCCACAGCCGUCCACUUCGAGCGGAGUGCCAACUUCACGCCUCUGCUCCAAAUGCAAAGUCACAGCGAUUCCAGUGACAGAACAACAGCGUGAGCCACAGCCGUCCACUUCGAGCGGACUGCCAACUUCACGCCACUGCUCACAACCCUGCAAAAAAGCAAAACUUGCGGUUUUGAAAAAGGUCUCAAAGACUGGCUUACCCAAAUUCAGCACCUCAAAAACUAAGAAUAAUCGUCGGCGGUCGUCUGCAUACAAAAAACGACUGAGAAGCCAUCUCGGAUAAGUAAAAUCAGAGUCAUGUUUCGACCACAUACCACGAUUUUGAG